AUGGGCAGAGCAUUCACAGAAUUCAGCUAUGAAGGGUACAGCAACCACAAAUUCUGGAAGAAUCAUUCCCGACACCUCAGAUCGAGAGAAGUACGACAAUUAUCAACACUUGUAAAGUCGUUUAAUCUUCGAUUUCCUCGCAAACUUCUUCAAAAUAAUAAAGGAAUUAUCAAAGCCGUGACCAGGACAUGUUUUCAUCCCGGUGCAAGUACACUAGUCCCGCUUCAGGCGAAGACCGAACUCAGUGGCUGGCAGCUUGUACGGCGGCUUCUGCGAUAUGUUUGGCCAAAGGGUAAUAGGGCAAUAAAAUCAAGGGUUCUUGUUGCGCUAUGUCUACUAGUCGGUGCAAAGGUUAGUCAUCGCGUCGUUGUAAUCUUGCAAACGUUGUCUGUACCAUUUUUAUACCGCGACAUCGUCAACUGUUAUAAUGAGAAAGCACCUACUUUCAUACAACUCACAUUCGACACGGUUCCUAACGCUAUUUUCACGGUUGGAGUUGUAUCGAUUAUUGCGUGUAUGUUUUCCAUUUAUCCAUUCUUUUCCAUGCAAAUUUAUGACAUUUGCCUGAUUAAGAGUGACAUUUUGUCGAGCAGUGAGGCGUUUUCAGAUGGUUUGGCACGAGCAUCUUCUGCGUUGAUGAAUGAGCUGCGGAAUGCCGUUUUUGCAAAAGUCGCACACACAUCAGUACGAAGCAUCGCGAGAAAUAUAUUCCUUCAUUUACAUUCUCUCGAUCUAUCGUUCCACCUCAACCGACAGACUGGAGCGUUGUCAAAGGCUAUAGAUCGCGGCACAAGAGGAAUGAGCUUUGUUCUCUCAUCUCUGGUGUUCAACAUUGUUCCUACUGCUGUGGAGAUCGGAAUGGUGUCUGCGAUUUUUUGUGGCACACUGGGAUCGGAGUUCGCUUAUAUGACGAUGGGUAGCAUUGGAAUGUAUACGAUCGCAACAUUAGGGAUUACUCGGUGGCGGACAAAAUUUCGCCAUGAAAUGAAUCAAGCUGACAAUGAUGCUGGUAAUAAAGCAGUUGACUCCCUCAUAAACUACGAAACAGUCAAGUACUUCAACAACGAGAAGUUUGAAGCGGAUCGCUACGACUUCUACCUGAAGAAAUUUGAACAUGCGUCCUUGAAAACGACAUCAUCUCUGGCAUUAUUGAAUUUUACACAGAAUGCUAUAUUUUCCGCGGGACUCAUUGGUGUCAUGUAUCUCGCAGCGAAUAAAAUAGCAACAGGUGAAGCGACGGUCGGAGAUUUAGUACUGGCAAACACUUUACUUUUCCAGCUUUCGAUGCCCCUCAAUUUUCUUGGUUCUGUUUACCGGGAAGUUCGACAAGGUCUCGUUGACAUGAACGCUAUGUUUUCUCUUCUGAAUCUGAAGUCACAGAUAAAAGAAAAGCCAAACGCAAAACAGCUUGUUGUUCAAGGAAAUGACAUAACCAUUCAGAUAAAAGAUGUUCAUUUUGGAUACUUACCGGGAAAACCAAUUCUCAAUGGUCUCACCAUGGAAAUCCCGGCCGGCAAAAAGGUCGCAGUAGUGGGUGGUUCUGGCUCAGGUAAAUCAACACUGGUACGUCUUCUGUAUCGAUUAUAUGACGCGGAUAGUGGCACCAUUGUUAUAAAUGGCAUGGAUAUUCAUGACCUGACUCUUGCAUCUCUCAGAAAAGUGAUUUCUGUGGUACCACAGGAUUCCGUAUUGUUCCAUGACACGAUUUUCUACAAUCUGGCAUACGGGAAUCCAAACGCCUCUCAAGAAGAUGUUUUCAAAGCUGCUAGGUUGGCAGAUCUUCACCACUCUGUCGAAAGUAUGCCGAAUGGCUAUAACACGAUUGUUGGUGAACGAGGGCUGAAAUUAUCCGGUGGCGAAAAACAACGAGUAGCGAUUGCAAGAGCGAUUUUGAAGAACGCUCCUCUGAUCGUUUACGACGAGGCUACGUCGUCACUGGACGCCAUUACAGAGGCGAACAUCAUGCGAUCGUUAAAAGAUGCGGUUCAAAAAAGAACCUCUCUCUUCAUUGCUCAUCGAUUAGCUACGAUAUUUGAUGUUGAUAUAAUUUACGUCUUGGACCAGGGGCAAGUGAAGGAGUUCGGCUCCCAUGAUGAACUCAUGCGACGCGGCGGACUGUAUGCUCAACUCUGGAAUAGUCAACAUCGAUUAGGAAUACCUGUACCGCCAAAGGAGCCACAGAAGCACGACCACUUGGAAACAUUGGAGCUGGAGCUGGACAAAUGCUGUGGAAGUUCGAACUGUACCCGCUAG